UAACAUCAGAUGACGUCCACUCGAUCUGUAUCUCAGUCAGCUGCGGCGGUGGACCUUGUCAAAGCUAUGUCUAGAACGGUGGUGAAGCCUGACCGUGCUGUUCUUGAGUAACUCUGAUGAAGUUUCGGAAACAACACGACUGAGUGGUCACACUGUGGGAUCAUGGCUGGCGGUAGGGAGAGAGCCUCGCCGGGAGGACUCAGCGUCUGCAGUUGGCCCAUGAGCGCUCCACUGAGACGGGGUAAGUCAAGAGGAAGCCAGAGCGACAUUGGGCCGCGUCCACAGGGCCCCGUCUACCGAAGGAACAGAACGACAAUCACGUAUGACGUCUGUAAGGGACGAUGUUCUGGAACGCAAGUCUUAGAACAAACGGACUCGGUCGGCAAAAACACUUCACGAAGUCUGGAGACACCCGAGUCGCGCUUUGUCAUGGCAGACGAAGAUUGCCUUUGCGGCAAAGUUUUUCACAUGAGCGAUGCCAUUGCGGUCGUGCCGCCAGGUAGCACGCCAAGGACAAAGGCAACCACCAGAUGGUUUACUCCUACGUCUGUGAAAAGUGCAGGUACGGACUGUCGUCACCCCGGUAGGAUUACAGCGAGCAGGGCGACCAUGUGUGUGGGAGAUAAACAUAUCAUGGACAGACUCUGGGACCUCAACAGCUAUCUGGACAACGGUGACAUCCACCGGCCUUUUUCAGGCCCCCCUGCCCACCCCUGGUUCAAGACUCGUCUGUGCGCCGUGCACGACCUGCGGCCCCCCACCCCCACCACUCCGCACCUCCCCGCUCUGCCCAACAGGGCCGACCGCUUCGAGCAGAUGGUUCGGCGGGAGGCACGAGCCAACGCCCGGCGGCAGCUCCCGGGCCUCAGGACGGUCACGCUCGUGUGGAGGAACAUGCGGGCCAGGGAAGCGUACAGUCAGCGGGAGCUGCACUACUUCGUGUCCAUGAUGGGACCUGUGGACUCCAUCAUGCUGAUGUGUCCCACCAGUGCACGAGUGGUCUUCAAGGACACGGACGCCGCUUGUAAAGCAGUCAAUGCCACGGGCAAGUUUGGCAGGCCGGAUAACCGUCUGUAUUGCAACUGGCUGCAUCGAGGGAUGGACAAUAAAAAGUUUAGAUUAAAGGGUCGUCAGUUGGUGGUACAGUACGAUCCAACGUUAUACACGUAACAAACAGGUUGUUCCAAGACUUUUAUAUUCUUCUAUAUGAACUUGCGUCUGUGAUCGUUUGUGCCAUCUGCCGAGAUCAGUGAUCACCAAAUCACCUACUGAGAUUAUUGUUAGUCAAAAAGUUUCUUGUUACAAACAUUUCCAUGUUAUUUUUUGUUAUAAGCCGUUUUUGGUACCGCUAAGCAUCAUCGAAUAAACAAGCAUUUAUUUGUGUGCUGCUCAUCAUCAUUGCUUAUUUAUUACUCACUUUCCUGGCCAACCACAAUCUACCAACGACGACCGUACGCGUCUUUACUUUCACUUCACUUUAUUGUUUAACCAGAACAUUAGAACUCAGGCUAUCGACCUGUUUUUCAGGUAUAAAGUUUGGGAACAAUUACAUAACACGUAUGUGUGGUAAAAACCUUUGGACUCCGCC